GCGGGCGGUGCGCAGACGCAGUGGGAGUUUUGUCAAGAUGGCGGCGGGGCCAGUGAGGAGGCAGAGCUGGGAGAUGCUGUGAGGCAGUCAGAGAGGCAGACCGCGGCUACACAGGACAGACGACCGCUACCGGAGGAAGGGAGGGCCGACACGACGGGACAUUCGGGGAUACGGAGGAGUGACAGGCUCAGCACACGCCGCCACACCCGGGGAGGCCGCCGGACAGUGCGGGACACAUGAGCCCGAGCAGUCCCCGGGAUCUACCGGCGGCGGAGGAAGAGACAGCCGGGCGCCCCUGAGGGCCGGGAGAGGGGCCCCUGACGGGCUGGCCUCAGGAUGAAGUUCGCCGAGCAUUUGUCCGCUCACAUCACCCCGGAGUGGAGGAAACAGUACAUCCAGUAUGAGGCUUUCAAGGAGAUGUUGUAUGCAGCCCAAGACCAGGCCCCGUCUAUUGAAGUUACAGACGAGGAUACUGUAAAACGAUAUUAUGCCAAGUUUGAAGAAAAAUUCUUCCAGACCUGCGAGAAAGAACUUGCCAAAAUCAACACAUUUUAUUCAGAAAAGUUAGCAGAAGCCCAGCGACGCUCAGCCACUUUACAAAAUGAGCUGCAAUCCUCACUGGAUGCACAAAGGGAAAUCAGCCGGUUGCCUACCCUCAGGCAUCGUAGAAAAGCUGUAUUCACCCUUUCACAUGAGGAACGGGUCCAGUACAGAAACAUCAGGGACCUGAAAUUGGCAUUCAGCGAGUUCUAUCUCAGCCUAAUUCUGCUGCAGAACUAUCAGAAUCUGAACUUCACAGGGUCGAAGAUCCUUAAGAAACAUGACAAGAUUCUGGAUACGGGCCGUGGUGCAGAUUGGAGGGUGGCUCAUGUGGAGGUGGCGCCAUUUUAUACCUGCAAGAAAAUUAAUCAGCUGAUCUCCGAGACUGAGGGUCUAGUGACAAAUGAAUUGGAAGAUGGAGACAGACAGAAAGCCAUGAAGCGUCUGCGUGUGCCACCCCUCGGAGCUGCACAGCCUGCACCAGCCUGGACUAUCAGUGUGGGACUGUAUUGUGGAUAUUUAUUGUGUUGAAUUGCGCAGGUUGUGUAUACUGGUUACGAGAGGUAUAAAAUUACAGAUGUCUGGCCUUUGGUGCGCAUUUACAGGGGUGGUUUCCUGCUGGUGGAAUUCCUUUUUCUUCUGGGGAUCAAUACUUAUGGAUGGAGACAAGCUGGCGUCAAUCACGUCCUCAUAUUUGAGCUCAACCCUCGUAACAACCUCUCACAUCAGCAUCUGUUUGAGCUUGCGGGAUUCCUUGGCAUGCUGUGGUGCCUCAGUCUAUUCUCCUGUGUCUUUGGACAUCACAUCUAUUUGCCAAUGCAGGUGAAUCCACUGGUCUUGUAUGGCUUCAUGUUGCUUUUUCUCAUCAACCCCACAAAGACCUUCUACUACAAGUCUCGAUUUUGGCUGCUUAAGUUAUUGUUCCGAGUGUUUACUGCCCCCUUCCAUAAAGUGGGCUUUGCAGAUUUCUGGCUGGCCGACCAACUCAACAGUCUUGCAGUGAUACUUAUGGACCUGGAGUUCAUGAUCUGCUUCUACAGCUUUGAGCUGAACUGGAAGAAUGACAAUGGACUCAUCAGUGCUGCGACUGGGAAGUGUAAUACGUAUUCUUAUGGGGUGCGAGCUGUGGUUCAGUGUAUUCCAGCAUGGCUGCGUUUCAUCCAGUGCCUGCGACGAUACAGAGACACUAAAAGAGCCUUUCCUCACCUGGCGAAUGCUGGCAAAUACUCCACUACUUUCUUCAUGGUCACGUUUGCUGCUCUCUACCAAACCCACAAUGCUCAUAAUCACUCGGAUGCUCAGGUGUUCUUUUACCUGUGGAUCGUUAGUUAUGUCAUCAGUUCAUUAUAUACGCUUAUCUGGGACUUGAAGAUGGACUGGGGUUUGUUUGACAAGAACGCCGGUGAGAAUACUUUCCUGCGAGAAGAGAUUGUGUAUCCACAGAAGGCCUAUUAUUACUGUGCAAUCAUACAGGAUGUCAUUCUGCGCUUUGCAUGGACCAUACAGAUUUCUCUCACAACGUUAAACCUACAUGGGAAUAUUUCAGAUAUAAUAUCCACUGUCCUUGCUCCGCUUGAAGUCUUCCGCCGUUUUGUGUGGAAUUUCUUCCGACUGGAGAAUGAGCACCUGAAUAACUGUGGUGAGUUCCGCGCCGUGCGCGACAUCUCUGUGGCACCGAUGAAUGCCGAUGACCAAACACUGCUGGAGCAGAUGAUGGAUCAGGACGACGGAGUGAAGAACAGAGCCAAAAGCAAGAUAUGGAAGCGCAGCCAGAGUAUCUCUCUCCGUAUACCACGCUUGUCCUCCCAGAGCAAGACUCGUGAUGCCAAGGUCCUGAUUGAUGACACUGAUGAUGAAGCCAACACAUGAGGCACUCGUUGCUUUUACCGUUCACUCUCUUCGACCAUCUCCACCAAGCUUUCAUCCCCACUUCAGGCUUCUUUCUGUCCACUCACCACACCCCUUCAUUACAGGGCUGUCCUGUGCGCUUGCCAACUCUUCAUUAAGUGAUUUGCCUGCCCCCCUUCUUCCAAAUCCAUGGACAGAUGUAAACAAAGAAGCCAAGGAAUGACCGCUACACUCAAGGUUGCUUAGAUGGAGUUAGAAUAUUAAAGGGCGAUCAUAAUCUCCAUCUGCUGAUUUGUCCCGUCUUUCUGCUUACCUGACUUCAGACAGAUUUGAUUUAAUUGAUCUCUAUCGCUGUGAUGCCACACACAACACCCUGUGCUGGGUUUGUUUUAUUCACAGCUGAUCCUUUUUUUUUUUUUGUUUGUUUUACAUACUGUUUUCAUUGCCCUUACCCUUGAUAUCCCCAUACAUGCAUUUUUUUUUUGCAGAGCAUUAUGGAUAUUUUUUGUUCCCACCCCCCAGCAGUGCUGGAAGGGGUCCCAAUGAAAAAGGGGCUGGGGGAGUGACUGAGAUUUGAGGGAUUAACUUCCCUACAUUUAAACCUUCAUUAAUUCAUUGUUUUAAACCAAAGUUUUGUUUGCUCUUUCUCCAUCCUAUCUUCUCUCUGAUCUUUCCGAUCUUCUUGCUGGAUGUGUUCAAUUCUCUAUGCUCAUCUUAGUGGUGUGCAGCCACACCAUAAUCUGACAGAAGCCAGUCCUGCCAAGGGCCUGUAUUCUGCUCUUUGUAAGAGCUGAGCACUCCCUUCCAUAGCCUCAAUAGCCUGCACUGGGAGAGCUGUGCCUAACCAUUCCCCUACUGAGUACUGUUGGCCACGGGGGUAAAUGGUUCACAGACCCUCCCACAGCAGAGUGGGUGAAUUUAAAGCUCUCCCCUUUACUGCCAGAUAAGACAUGUCAACAUUGCACAUUGAGGUGCAAUGUAUGUCUCAAGUAUUCUCUAUGACUUCUGUGAGAGCAGGCUCAUACACGGCUGUCAGCUGUCUCAUCGCUGCCUUUCUGGGUUCUACCCACAUUUGCCAGCAGACCCUCCCACAAGGGCUGACAAUAGGGAACCAGUCUUAAUAACCCUCCCUCCAUACCCAGCACUGCAGUAGAUGCACAAUGCAGUUAUUGGGAAGGGGGCAGCAUAGUACUAACGUCAUUCAUUCUCGAAAGACGAUGUUGGCUUUAAAGAGUCCAUCCUCACCUUCUCCAUGAGACAGGUCUAGAUGUAUAAUGGAGCUGCCCUCUCCCACACACCUGUCUGCUUUCUCCAGUUAGUGCAAGGACAAUCUUAUGAAAUAGACCUCCGCUAGGUGACAACGUACCUCUACAAGAGUCUGCCUCUCUCAGCACUGCCCUGGCUCCAGUUCUUUGACGGGCUUGAGUCAAAGGGCCAUGCUGAGAGAUCUCGAGGUUUGUGACCACUGCUUUGUCUUAGCUGUUGCUGUACAUGUGCAUUGCUGUUCAGCUUGGCUUCCUAUGUCUGUGUGCAUGCUUUGUCCUUCCUUCCGUGCCAUGGGGGGAAUCAUUUGUAUUUUUAAAACCGAGCUCAACUGCUGUGUAUAGGGAGUUGCUUUUAAAGCCUGAUAGGCUGUAAUGGAAAGGAACUACACAUCAAGACUGACAUUAUACCUGUUACAACAUUUACAGUAACAAUAACUCCUAUGUCUGCUUAAAACCAAUUUGUUUGUGAUUAGGAAUAUGCAAAAUGAACUUGCAGGAAGGGACUGUUCAAUUGUAUUGUGAAGGCAACCAUUUUGAAACCUUGACCAAUGUUGUAUAAAACAGCUUUUUAAGUCACUAUGAGCUAGGGAGCUGAUAGAAAACAUUGUAGUUCAUCCUACAAAAUGGCUGACUUCAAAUUGUAUUGUUAAACUCCUUACAGGGUUUAGGAGCCACAUCGUUUACUGUGGGUUUUGUAUAUAAUUAGUAAUCUAGCCAACUCAGGCUUUGAUACUUACAUUCCCUAAAUAUGUCUCGGCUGUUUACUUGGCAAACAUUGCUGUAAUAGGAGGAAUACCGGAAGUAUGGCCACUUAUAAGCUGAGAUCAAAUGGCACCUUCCUGGCAUGCAGCUGUAACUUCAGUCUUUUGCUGGUACUGCUGUGAACAGUCUUCAUAAUGCGAUUUACUUGCAACAGGAUCGCUCACAUCAGUAGAGAGAACGGACACGGCCUACAGGAUCUCCCUCCCUGCCUCAGAGCUGGCUCAAGCUUUGUAGCUGUGAUGUAACAAACGUGCUCUUCUUGUGUAAGAUGUGAUGUAAGGCUGUACAGCAAGGGAAUCCUACCUGGAUGAGGGACGUGGAAAAACAGGGAAUAAAGAGGAAAUUAAAGCACACUCCGUCCCUCCCUGCUCCCCUCUCCAGCUGUCUGUCCCCACUGUGAAGCUCUCUUCCUGCUAGAUGUCUUCAGUAUCAGCACUGUGACUUGUUGGUGCAUUCCUAUCUUGUGUCCCUACACCCCACAUCUAGUCUUAUUUCAUUUCUCUUCCCUCCACACACUUCAUGCUUGCUCCUUCCCUUCCUUCUCUCCAAGCUUGUCCUCUAAAAGAGAGCACAGGCCGAUACUUGCUUGCUCUUCUCUGUGACUGUGCAGAUAGAUUUUUUGUUCCCUUUUGAUGGAUAUAAGAGUACAUUUUUUUUAAUACUGUGGAGUACUUUCUGGUCAGUAGGAAAAAAUUUGGCACAAAGUGCUUCUGGUUUGUAGAUUGUAUAAAAAACAAAAACAAAUUUA